UGUUUGUAAACCUUUUUCGAGUUUCUCUUUUUGUUUAGUCUAAUUUAUAUGCUUCUAAUGACAAUUACUUGUACUGGGUGGCAAUGGUUUCAUUGGUUCACAUGUUUGCAAAGAGGCUUUGGAUCAAGGGUUAUCAGUUUCUAGUCUCAGCAGGUCUGGAAGAUCAUCAAUACGUGAACAAUGGGCUGAUAAAGUUGAGUGGCGCCAAGGAAAGCCUUCUUGUACCUGAAACUUGGAGGGAUGCUUUGAAUGAUGUGACUGCAGUGAUAUCUUGUGUUGGGAGUUUUGGAUCUAAUUCUCACAUGUACAAGAUCAAUGGGAUUGCCAACAUCAAUGUCAUCAAAGCUGCUUCUGAAAAAGGUGUAAAAAGAUUUGUAUAUGUUUCAGCUGCUGACUUUGGUCCAGUGAAUUAUCUUCUGAAAGGAUAUUAUGAAGGGAAGAGGGAUGCUGAAGCAGAACUAUUAUUGAAAUUCGCCUUUGGGGGGGUAAUUCUCAGGCCUGGUUUUGUGCAUGGAACGCGCCGAGUUGGGAGUAUAAAGAUUCCUCUAUGGCUAAUUGGAUCGCCAUUGGAGAUGGUUCUUCAGCACGCAAAGCCACUUAGUUGCAUCCCGGUUGUUGGUCCUCUCUUCACACCUCCGGUUAAUGUCACCUCUGUCGCAAAAGUUGCGGUCAGAGCUGCUACCAAUCCAGUGUUUCCUCCGGGCAUAGUUGACGCAUAUGGCAUUCUUUGAUAUGACAAACAGAAGUGACCCCCUCAGUUGGACAUCGAACUUCUGAAGCAACAAAGCCAAAGCAACAGUCGAUUCCAAUAGUGCAAACUGGUCGCCGACACACUUAUGCGGCCCUCCACCGAAUGGUAUGAAGGCGAAACCAGAAGUUAUCUAUAAAGAUGAUAGCUGAAGAUUAAGCAGUAAAGCUUUAUAAAUCUAUCAAUUUUAUGAAGUAACGACUUAACCUCGUUUGGGUACAUCGCUCCAGGGCUGCGACUUGGAUCGUAGCCUGCCCAUCCGGCAAUGCCUUCAUUUGCUUUUGGAGUUAAAAAUCUUUCUGGCGCAAACUCAUCUGGCUUGUCCCAGAAAUAUGGUGAUCUGUGGAGAUUGUAUAC